GUCAUUUGUGCCACUCAUCCUCUACCUUGCAGUACAUCGGAGAAUUAUUGGAGAGAUCGUCGCACUUCGGCCGGGAUCGCUAAAGGGCAUCGUAAUCUUCCUGGGAUCAUCUUCAUCUUCUUGUAUUUUCUUUGUCUUCUUCUGCCUUCAAGUUUAUGGCAAAGAAAUAUCCCGGUAUAUGGCGACUCGGAUACAGUUGCCGCGAGACUUUCAAGGGAUAACCGUGGAUGCUGGCGGGAGGUUUCUUGGAUCACACGUUUCGGCCGGCGGCAAUGCAGACGAGGGUUCCAUGGUCCAAAUGUAUCACAAUCAGGGAAUGAGUAUCCGAAGUGUCGCGAUGGAGGCACGUUAUUGAUGGUGACACAGACCACAACACCUACAGGGAGAGAAUAGAAAAUAGAAAAUAGAAAAAAGAG